CGGGACCAGUGCGUGGAGUCCAGGCGUGUGAUUGGUGGUUACCAGAGGGCCAAUCAGAGGAGCUGUUGCAAGGCAGUCCGUAGACCGGCCGGGAGGGAGGAAGGUGGCAAGAUGGUGUUGGAGAGCACUAUGGUUUGUGUGGACAACAGUGAGUAUAUGCGUAAUGGAGACUUCUUACCCACCCGGCUACAGGCCCAACAGGAUGCUGUCAACAUAGUAUGUCACUCAAAGACCCGAAGCAACCCUGAGAACAACGUGGGCCUCAUCACACUGGCCAAUGACUGUGAAGUGCUGACCACACUCACCCCUGACACCGGCCGCAUCCUCUCCAAGCUCCACACCGUUCAACCCAAGGGCAAGAUCACCUUCUGCACUGGCAUCCGCGUAGCCCAUCUGGCUCUGAAGCACCGACAGGGCAAGAAUCACAAGAUGCGGAUCAUUGCUUUUGUGGGGAGCCCCGUAGAAGAUAAUGAGAAGGAUUUGGUUAAACUGGCUAAACGCCUCAAGAAAGAGAAAGUGAAUGUUGACAUUAUCAAUUUUGGGGAAGAGGAGGUGAACACAGAAAAGCUGACGGCCUUUGUAAACACAUUGAAUGGCAAAGAUGGAACUGGUUCUCAUCUGGUGACAGUGCCUCCUGGGCCCAGCUUGGCUGAUGCUCUCAUCAGUUCUCCGAUUCUGGCUGGUGAAGGUGGUGCCAUGCUGGGUCUUGGUGCCAGUGACUUUGAAUUUGGAGUGGAUCCCAGUGCUGAUCCUGAGCUGGCCCUGGCUCUUCGUGUUUCCAUGGAAGAGCAGCGGCAAAGGCAGGAGGAAGAGGCACGGCGGGCAGCAGCAGCCUCUGCUGCUGAGGCUGGGAUUGCUGCGGCUGGGACCGAAGACUCAGAUGAUGCUCUGCUGAAGAUGACUAUCAGUCAGCAGGAAUUUGGCCGCACAGGACUCCCUGAUCUAAGCAGUAUGACUGAGGAAGAGCAGAUUGCUUAUGCCAUGCAGAUGUCCCUGCAGGGAGCAGAGUUUGGCCAGGCAGAAUCAGCUGACCUCGAUGCCAACUCAGCCAUGGAUACAUCUGAGCCAGCCAAGGAGGAGGAUGAUUAUGACGUGAUGCAGGACCCUGAGUUCCUUCAGAGUGUCCUAGAGAACCUUCCAGGUGUGGAUCCUAAUAAUGAAGCCAUUCGAAAUGCCAUGGGCUCUUUGGCCUCCCAGGCCACCAAGGAUGGCAAGAAAGACAAGAAGGAGGAGGAUAAGAAGUGAGACUGAGGGAAAGGGUGGCUAGCCUGCCCAGGGGACUGUAUAGGGUGGGGUGGGAUAUAGGGUUAGAUAUGUUAUCUGUAACAAUUACAAACUAAAUAAAGCUUGGCAAAUUUU